UCCUACACACACACAGACACACACAAACAUUCUCUCUCUCUCUUUCACGCCCCACAAGACCUGCUGCACAACUAAAAAGUUGGUCAAACUCUGUCAAUAAUCGGAGGUAACUGCGCACCGUGGCUGAAUAUGUCUCACUGUCGCUUCUGCUUUCAGAACUGGAAUCUUUUUUAACUUUGUCCUGGAAACCAGAGCUGGAGCAUGGUGAGCCGACAGAUCCUGGCCUUCGUGCUGGCCCUCAUCGGCUUCCUGGGCACCAUCCUGAUCUGUGCGCUGCCCAUGUGGAAGGUGACGGCUUUCAUCGGGGCCAACAUCGUGACCGCCCAGGUGUUCUGGGAGGGCCUGUGGAUGAACUGUGUGCUGCAGAGCACCAGACACCUGCAGUGCAAAGCCUACGACUCUCUCCUCGCUCUUCCCCAGGACCUGCAGGCAUCACGGGCCCUGGUGUGUGUCUCCAUCGCCGUCGGCGUGGCGGCCAUUUGCCUGAGCGUGCUCGGGGCCCGGUGCACAAACUUCUACAGAGACGAGAGGACCACCAAGGCUCUGAUAGGCCUCUCCGCGGGGAUAGUGUUCAUGGCGGCUGGGGUGCUGUGCCUCGUGCCCGUGAGCUGGUCAGCUCACGUCAUCAUCACAGGUUUCUAUAACCCCCUGGCCACGGAGGGGAGGCGGGGGGAGCUGGGGGCCGCCAUCUACGUGGGCUGGGUGUCUGGGUUCCUCCUCUUCCUGGGGGGAGGGAUGCUCUGCAGCACCUACUCGCAGAGAUGCUGCUGAGAACUAACUCACCACUGAGACCAAACAACGAACUGGACCUCCAGUUAGAAUGGAUGGAACAUAUUCACGAGGCCAAACUUUUGUGGGCUUUUUUUAGAUGUCUCAAUGUCAGCAGUUAUCUUAGCCAUUAUAGAGAUGCCAACCUGUGAUUCCAACCUGUGAUGCCAGUGCCAUUACAUUUACCGUAGACUGUGGAUGUAAUAAGAGACAUGGGAGUGGAGAACCAGCCUAGUAUGACUGUAACAGUAGAUGUUUACAAAUGUUUUCUUGUAUAUUUACAUUUUUUAAUCUGUGAUUCUAGCAUUAUUUAACUUGAGCUAAACCUUCAGUCAUAAAACUGACAUACCCAUGUCAUUGAUGUGUCAUCUGGUUAGUCAUCAUGCCAGUGAACAUUAAACCCUGUGACGGUGACCGAUGAUUGUGACAUGACAGUGUUCAAUCGGAAUCAUAAUCUCUAGAAGUCAUGACACGUUUUGUAACAUGUCAUUGUUAGACAUGUUUAUGGCAUAUAUAUUAUAUCACUGUUAGACAUGUUUAUGGCAUAUAUAUUAUAUCAUUGUGAGACAUGUUUAUGGCAUAUAUAUAUUAUAUCAUUGUUAGACAUGUUUAUGGCAUAUAUAUUUUGUGGCCUCAAGUAGAGAAAGUAGCAGUUUUUAUAUAUCUAGCCAUCCAAAAUCUUUAUGAAGUCAAAAUCUUUAUGUAGUCAAAUGUUUAUAUGAAGUCAAAUGUUUGUAUUUCUAAAUGUCUAAUU